AUGAGGGGCGCUGGCUUACUCGUCUGGCUGGUGUCCAGCUUGGGCGUGUGGCAGCUCGGCCAGCCGGUGGCAUGGGACUCCUGGCAGUGCCAACGGCUGGAACACCCAGUCAUCCCAUACAAAGACAUUGCCCCCUGGUUACGAGAGUUCCGAGCGGAGGAUGCUGUGGACUUCUCCCAGUUAACCUUUGAUCCAGGACAGAAAGAACUCAUCGUAGGAGCAAGGAACUACCUGUUCAGGUUGAGGCUUGAGGACCUGUCUCUGAUCCAGGCUGUGGCUUGGGAGUGUGAUGAGACCACCAAGAAAGCCUGCUACAGCAAGGGCAAGUCCAAGGAAGAAUGUCAGAACUACAUCCGGGUGUUGUUGGUGAGUGGUGACCGGCUCUUUACCUGCGGAACAAAUGCCUUCACGCCCGUCUGCACCAACCGCACGCUGAGUAACCUCACGGAGGUCCACGACCAGAUCAGUGGCAUGGCCCGCUGCCCCUACAGCCCCCAGCACAACUCCACGGCCCUGCUUACGGCAGGCGGGGAACUGUAUGCCGCCACAGCCAUGGACUUCCCUGGACGUGACCCAGCCAUCUACCGGAGCCUCGGUGUACUGCCUCCUCUCCGCACGGCCCAGUACAACUCCAAGUGGCUGAAUGAGCCAAACUUCGUGUCCUCUUAUGAUAUCGGGAACUUCACGUACUUCUUCUUCCGAGAGAACGCCGUGGAGCACGACUGUGGAAAGACCGUGUUCUCCCGGGCCGCCCGGGUCUGCAAGAACGACAUCGGGGGCCGCUUCCUGCUGGAGGACACCUGGACCACGUUCAUGAAGGCACGCCUCAACUGCUCGCGGCCCGGCGAGGUCCCCUUCUACUAUAACGAGCUGCAGAGCACCUUCCUUCUGCCAGAGCUGGACCUGGUCUACGGCGUCUUCACCACCAACGUGAACAGCAUCGCCGCCUCGGCCGUGUGCAUCUUCAACCUCAGUGCCAUCGUCCAGGCCUUCAACGGGCCCUUCAAGUACCAGGAGAACUCGCGCUCUGCCUGGCUGCCCUACCCCAACCCUAACCCCAACUUCCAGUGCGGCACCGUGGACCAGGGUCUGUACGUGAACCUGACCGAGAGGAACUUGCAGGAUGCCCAGAAAUUCAUCCUGAUGCACGAGGUGGUGCAGCCCGUGACCUCGGUCCCCGCCUUCAUGGAAGACAACAGCCGCUUGUCCCAUGUCGCCGUGGAUGUGGUGCAGGGGAGGGACCUGCUCGUCCACAUCAUGUACCUGGCCACAGACCACGGCACCAUCAAGAAGGUGCGGGCGCCCCUGGGCCCGGCGGUGGGCAGCUGUCUGUUGGAGGAGCUGGAGCUGGUCCCGGAGCGGCGGCCGGAGCCCGUGCGCAGCCUGCGUAUCCUGCACAGCCACAGCGUCCUCUUCGUGGGCCUGCGCGAGCACGUUGCCAAGGUCCCGCUCAAGAAGUGCCACCUCCAUCUCACGCGCAGCGCCUGCAUAGGGGCCCAGGACCCAUACUGUGGCUGGGACGUGGCCAUGAAGAAGUGCACCAGUCUGGAGGAGAGCCUCAACAUGGCGCAGUGGGAACAGAACAUCUCCACCUGCCCCGUCAGGAACCUCACCGUGGACGGGCACUUCAGUACAUGGUCCCCAUGGGUGCCCUGCACCCACACAGACGGCAGUGCCCAAGGCUCCUGCCUGUGCCGGACCCGAUCCUGUGACAGCCCGGCCCCCCAGUGCGGAGGCUGGCCCUGCACCGGACCCAGCGUGGAGAUAACCAAUUGCUCCAGGAAUGGAGGCUGGACCCCCUGGACGCCCUGGUCCCCCUGCAGCACCACCUGUGGGAUCGGCUUCCAGGUGCGGCAACGCGCCUGCAGCAACCCUACACCACGCCACGGUGGCAGGGUGUGCGUGGGUCAGAACCGAGAGGAGAGAUACUGCAAUGAACACUUGCUGUGCCCUCCACAUGUGUUCUGGACAGGCUGGGGGCCUUGGGAACGGUGCACGGCCCAGUGUGGGGGCGGCAUUCAAGCUCGCCGCAGGACCUGUGAGAAUGGGCCAGACUGUGCAGGUUGUAACGUGGAGUACCAGCCGUGCAACACCAACCCUUGCCCCGAGCUGAAGAAGACGACACCUUGGACCCCUUGGACUCCCGUCAACAUCUCCGACAACGGUGGCCACUAUGAGCAACGGUUCCGCUACACCUGCAAAGCCCGCCUGCCCGACCCGAACCUGCUGGAAGUGGGCCGGCAGAGAAUCGAGAUGCGCUACUGUGCCAACGACGGCACAAGCAGCUGCUCCACGGACGGCCUCUCUGGGGACUUCCUGCGUGCAGGCAGGUACUCGGCCCACAUGGUCAAUGGCGCUUGGUCUGCCUGGACAUCCUGGUCUCAGUGCAGCCGUGACUGCAGCCGUGGCAUCCGGAACCGGAAACGAGUUUGCAACAACCCUGAACCCAAAUACGGGGGGCUGCCAUGCCUGGGUCCGGCCCUGGAGUACCAGGAGUGCAACAUCCUGCCCUGCCCAGUGGAUGGUGUGUGGUCCUGCUGGUCCUCUUGGUCCAAGUGCUCUGCGACGUGUGGCGGCGGACACUACAUGCGAACACGUUCCUGCUCGAACCCAGCGCCAGCCUAUGGAGGUGACAUCUGCCUGGGGCUUCACACGGAGGAGGCACUCUGCAACACGCAGCCAUGCCCAGAGAGCUGGUCCCAAUGGUCCCAGUGGUCCGAGUGUGACGCGUCUGGAGCCCAGGCCCGUGCCCGCCAGUGCCUCCUCCUCUUCCCUGUGGGCAGCCAAUGCUCCGGAAACAGCACAGAGAGCCGGCCGUGUACCUUCCACUCCAACUUCAUUCCAGAAGUCUCUGUGGCCAGAUCCAGUAGUGUGGAAGAGAAGAGAUGUGGUGAGUUCAACAUGUUCCAUAUGGUCGCUGUGGGACUAAGCAGUUCCAUCCUCGGCUGCCUACUCACUCUGCUCAUCUAUACCUACUGCCAACGCUACCAGCAGCAGGCCCAUGAUGCCACGGUCAUCCACCCUGUCUCGCCCGCGCCUCUCAACACCAGCAUCACCAACCACAUCAACAAGCUGGACAAGUAUGACUCCGUGGAAGCCAUCAAGGCAUUUAACAAAAACAAUUUGAUCCUAGAGGAAAGAAACAAAUACUUCAACCCGCACCUAACUGGAAAGACCUACUCUAACGCCUACUUUUCAGAUCUCAAUCAUUACGAUGAGUACUAA